AUGUGGGUACGAGCCCGGAAUACUUUCAGAGUAAUUGAUGAUUAUAUAAAUGGCUGUUACAAUGAACAGAGCACUAGUACUUCUCUAGAGCAAUUGAUGACUAUACUAAAUAAAACCCGACCAUCACUCAUCAAUAUACUUCGGAAUUCGAGUAAAAAUUCACUCCAUCGUUCGGUGCUGAACAAGAAUGGUGAGGUAGUGGAAUUAGACAGUGGAGAAGUCGUCAAAAUAGAUGACGGACUGAGGAACGAAGCAAUAAUUAUAUCAGAUUUAUUUAACUGUGAUGAAUUCGAUGCUCUUGAACUAGUAAUAACCGGUGAAGUGCAAAUACAGCAUUUUCCAUUUUUAACGAGAGGUCUUUGUGCUGUUGUUUGUUACUAUGAUGCACAUCGUUUUAUCAGUGCAGCUGUGAAAGCUUUAGCAGAAUUCAGAGUUGAUGAAAAAGUACCGAAGCCACGAGAACUUUUCGAGUAUCUUAAUCAGUUACUUAGUGAUACUGUAUUUAUUAGACGUCUUAUAGAAGUUUUGCAAAUUGUAAAUGUGCAAUCUGAAUUACAAAGUUUGCAUCAUCCACAUGUAAAUGGACUGGGCGGCCCGAAACAUCAAGAAAUUUUGCGGGAAUUAAUUGAAGAGACAUUAGAAAACUGUGCACAAACAUUCCAUUUCAUAUGCUCAUCAUGGCAGUUGGAAUCAGCACCACCCUUCUUAAAUGAUUUAUUUGCACCGCUGAAAGAUUUGCAGCCGAACACACCUUUUAGAAAUACUCAUUUAUCACUAUGGACUGCAGCGCUAAUAUUGAUAUCUCCACACAAUCUCCAGAAUAUGCGAUGUGCACGAGAUUUGUUGAUGGGAUUUCAUAAGGAAGUGAUUUUGGAAGACUGGCAAGAUUCAUGUUUGCAAGCUUCAUUACAGUUCGCAAUCGUGGUUUCAUACAAUUGGCUUAGUGUUCAUCAACUUGUUCAAGAAGUUCUGGGUGAUUUUGCUAUCAAAGAAGAUGAUUUGCUUGAAAAGGCAGUCGAUGGAUUAGCUUUCCAAUUCAUUCGAAAAUGCGUUAUUGCAAUGCCAAAAUUUAAAGAAAACUUCAUGGCUUUUGCUACGGUUGAUACAUUGAUCAAAAAUUUUAUUGCUCAUUUGAGUAAUCAGGUUGUUCUGUUGCAACGUUCUAGUGAAAUAGAAUUACAGUACGUCGAGGAAAUGUUGGAGCGUGGUCAGCUUUACAGACCUCGCCUUCAUUUUGAAAAUUUUAUUCGUUGUAUCGCUGAUUUGUAUGAUGGUGAUUCGAAAUAUUUAGAGCAAUUAUCUGCACAGUUUUGCUCCAGUGAGAGCGAAGAAUUGGUGAAAUUUUUAAGAAAUUGUCGACAGCUUAUUUCACCCGUACUACAAGUCGCUUUUCUCGAUAUGCUAAAGAACAUCUGCAAAUGUCAGGAAUCGGCAUACUUCAUAUUUGGAUUACUUUCUCCAUGUCAUACGAAAUUUGCGCAAAAUACGCUCUCUUGGGAUCAUUUCUGGAAAGCAAUGCAUGAUUAUCUUGGACUUUUUAAACGGAAAAAGAGUCAGACAUCAAACAUAAUGCAUGCAGCACCCCCAGGACAGCACGAUAAUUUCCAGCAGAUUCCACAGUCAGAGUUAGCUGGCCUUGUGGCAUGGGUCCAGCUUGUAGAAAUCAUUGCCAAAAAUGAUCAAACUGCUCGUUGCCAUUUCGCAGACAACAGUUCAUGGUCAUGCAUAGAAACAGCAGUAAGCCUGGUAACUUCUCCAAUCCCCCUUGUUUUGAAGGGAGCACUGUUCCGUUUUUUAGCUUCAAUUGCAAUUGAUGAACGUGGUGCUCUGAAGAUUUGGGCAAUGUUGAUAUCACUCUCUGUUUUGAAUAAAACAAGUUCUGGGAAACUCGUUGGCAUACAGGAUGAAUUAGAAACACGGGAAUGUACCUUUAAGUGCUACGAUUCAUCCAUUGGUUUCUUGUACCUUAUGAAAACUCUGUUUCUGCACGCAAAAAAUAUCGAUAAAAGAUAUUUGAUGCAAUAUCUUCAGUUUAUCGUUAAAUCCAUUAUCUGUCAGUUUGCGGAUCGUUCAUAUGAAAACGUUGCACAAAUGUGGCAUUUAUGCUCUGCGGCAUGCGACUCUCUGUACAAUUUUCUUCACCGUUAUGCAAUUACAGCGGAAGCAAUUCUAAAUGCUGACCCGCAAAUUGUUGUCCUUACGCAAAUCUUAAACGAUUCUCCUGUGUUUCGAUCGCUAGGUGCAGUAUUAUGUGAUGGAGCGGAACGUUUGCAAGAUUUUUCUCCUCGUUCAAUGGACCGCGAAGUAGCUGUACUAUCAGUACUGCGUUUAUUAGAUGUUAGCGUAUCGUUACAUGCACCCUUAAUAGAUGCAGUUCGUGCCACUAAUUCUAGUAUAAUAAUUGCAUCAUUGGAUUCACUUUUUUUAUCAUCAGUGCAAGGUAAUGUAACAACAACAUAUAUUACAGUUAUCGCUUCGUACUUGACACAGUCCGAACUUAUCCCAAGACAAGCGUAUCACGUAGUAUCAAUAUUGCGAGAACUUUGCUGUUGUCAACCUUCCAUACAAAGUCGUCUUGUACAGGCUCUUUCGCCGCUUUCUUUAGAGUUAAUUGAAAGUUUCGCGAGAUUGACUUCUGUGAAAACGACGGUGAUUGAAGCCUUCGCUCUUGAUUCGCCUGUUUACCACGGAAUUGAUGAAUUGUCAGUGGCGAGGAUACGUGGUGAGACAGCACGUUUAUUCAUUGAAAUGUGCUCAUCAAGAUUGAAUGGUACCACAAUGACCUGUUUACAUAGUAUGGUAGAUUUACUAAUAGAAAUGGCAAUUUCUGAAGCUCCAUUUAUACUUCCAUUUGCUGCCCUUUUUGAACCAACACUUCGAUUCAUGCUCGUAUCAAUAAAGUCUGGUUGUUCAACUGUUGUCCUUAGAUUUUUUCGCUCAAAUUACGACCUUAUCUAUCGUUUAGCAUCUUGUUCAUUGCUUUUGGACACAAAAGCGCAGAAUGAUGGAGAAGAAAAUAUGGUGCUAAAGAAUCUAAAAAUCACUAUUCAAGGACUUAUACUACAUUUAAGUGCCAUUGAAUUGUCUUCUCUCUUACAGAAUCGACACUACAGUCAACCAGAACGUUAUUUUCACCUGAUGCUAUCGCAGAGAGAUGAAACAGUGGAGCAACAAGAUUCGGCAGUCGAGCCUGUACUGGGACAAGUUACUAUCGGCUACAUUCGAAAUGAACAAAGGGAUGAAAAAGAAUGGCCUUUUCUAUGGAAAUUAUUAAGAACAAAAGUUGGUUUUAAUGAAAUAGAGAUUCCGGCAAUGGAAUUGCUUAAUACGAAAAAAUUGCAACAGAUCUUAUCAUUGUGUUUGCGUCCAACAUCUGCAAACAUUCAGCAAUGUGAUAUCGAGCAUUUAAAUUGGCUGAUUUAUAGAGAAUUUAGCAUGGUUGCUAAUGAGAUGCAGCCCAAGUUCAAUUUCGAAGUCUCACAGGAUAUUAAGCAGUUGCUUCAGUACUGUACAAAUUAUAACCUUGCAAAAAGUGCAGAAGCGUCAUUGCGACAGCUUCUUUCUGACGUUCAGUACCAGUAUCUCUCAGAUGCAUUAUAUCUUUUAUUGAAUUAUGCUUCGGAUACAUACAUGGACGCAAAAAUUUCUUCAGCAGUUUCACAGUGUCUUCUGAGAUUGACUGCUUCGAUUUGCACAUUAUUAAAGACUUUAAAAGAGGAGAUUGGUGCGUUUAGAGUUGCUAUUACUGAUGUUGCUGAUGCUCUGAUCCGGUUUCUGAUACAGCCAGGCAAACGAUCGUUGCAGACAAAACUAGAUUUAUAUGCUUGCAUUUCACUUAUUUUAAACUAUUCAACGGAAGCACUUGUUUCGGAAAAAGAGGGACAUCAGGAUGUUUCUCAUUCUGAUGAUGACUUUUUGUUUAGUUCAACAGCUUUAAAUAUUGCACAACAGGAUAUUUUGCGAACUGUGUUCACAAAAUAUGGACAUGAACUAAUUUCGCUUCUGUCCAAAGAUAUUUGCGAUUCGCCUCCAGGACUUAGAGUGUAUUUAUUCAAUUAUUCGGAUUGA